GGAGGAGUCGGGACUGGAGAGGGGAGGGGUCAAGAUUAAACCGUAAACCGCCCCCCCUAAAAGAAAAGUCUAGAUCCGACCCUGGUAAUAACAGUAGAUAAGAGAGAGACCAAUUAGUAAAGUAUACUUUGACAUGGUAAUGAGAGCGCCAGGCGUCUGUAGUCAGUAAUAGAGCUGGUGAUGAAUUGAGUGCAGCGCAGGAGUCAUGCGGUAGGUGGAGCUGAGCGACGGCGGUGAGUGUCAUUAAACUCUCAUAAAUCACGUUAUCAUUGACAGACUGGGGUAAUUGAUUUAGCAGGAGCGUCUGGCAAUGGUAACGUAUGCAAAGUGUAUUGAGGUGAUGACUUUAUGGGGCAGACAUAUAUUACCAUUUGUGCAUAGUGGAAGUGAUUAAAUCAGACGUUUGUGUGUACAACAGUGUUUAACUUUCCCAACAGGUAACUGUAUCUGCAGGUCACGUGACAAGUAUUCCCUGUAUUGGGCCCAUCAACAGGGCUGUGAAUAUUUUAAUUACAACUAAACGAACGCAAACGGGUGUAGGCUGGUACCAGACAGAUGUUUCGUAUUCUGAUGUUGAAAAGAGGCUGCAGAAAUUCGGUUACAUUUACCUAUAGAUGUUAUUAUGUUAAGUAGCCCAUGAGCGCUAGGGGCGGGCUGAUGAUUCGGUGAUGUGACCCUCCUGCUGGGGAAGGAGGACUUUAUUUUGGAUAGGGGGGGAUGGUCACCGUUGCAACUGAUAAAACACUUCUACCCCCUAUGCAGCCAUCGUUAGACCCCUGCCAGUCACACCAUGUGCGCUGUGGUGGUCCUUCUGCUGGUGUUUGCUAUUAGGUCCUGCUCGGGACAAGCUGGAGAGUACUGCCAUGGAUGGGCUGAUAACUACGGAGGGUGGCACUCAGGUUUCCUGUGCCCGGAGCGCUAUGACCCGCCAGAGGCCACCUACUGCUGCGGCUCCUGCAGCUUGCGGUACUGCUGUACGGCCAGCGAGGCGAGGCUGGACCAGGGACUGUGCCCCAGCGAGGAGAAGGAUGAGAUGCCCAGGGAAGGAGUGCCAGGCAUUGAUCUGCCAGCCCCAGUGCCUACAUACCUACCAUUCCUUCUGGUUGGCAGUAUAUUUGUGGCCUUUGUCAUUGUGGGCUCCCUUGUGGGAGUGUGCUGCUGCAGAUGCCUGAAGCCUGAAGAAGGGACCCAGCUUGUUCUUCCUGCACCGCAAAGCCGACUAUUGGACACAGAACCAUCUACAGACCACUCAAGGCAUUCCAGUUCUAGCUCCAAUUCGGCUCCCCGUGGAUCUAUGGGAAACUGUCCUCAAAAUAUUUGCUCUCUGGGACCUGAAAAUAUCAACCUGUAUAUGAAAAUGCCCCCAUCAUUUCCAGUCAUGGGUUGUCCCCCAAAUGCUCAGUUUAUGCACAAUGCCACAAGUGGCACUCCUUUCUUACAACCACCAUUCAUGAAUUAUGCUUUGCCAACUGAGCAUGCCAUAAUAAUGACCCCAGCUUCUUACAUCGACGUCAGAAACUGUUACUCACAGGCUACAAAUACCUACCUGUCACUACCCCAGCAUAUUGAUCCAGCUGUGCAGGAGGAACUGCCUUCCAAGAGCUGAGAGCAGAGAAAAGAUGUGUUCUGUCAUUAAACUGAGCUCUAAAAGCACAGCAGCGAUAAUGAUUAAGAUCGGUCUGUGGGUAAUGAAAGUGAGGAACUGUAUUUGGUGAAUCUACCAUAACGUGUCUUGGUUUGAUAUCACACCUUGAGGGGAAAAAAAAACUUUAAAUCUGACUGUUAUGCCUCGAACUAUAUUCAUCAUCUCCAAACCCAAAGAGUUAAGUCAUGGGGCAAACAAAUGGCAACCUGGACUAAAUGUCACCAGAUCUAGGGCUGCAGGGCUAUGAAUCUCUGGAGCUGUCACCAAUCUUUUAGACAGCUUCUUCUGAAAUGUAACUACAGUAAAAGGACAUUUGGGACAUCUUGCUUGGAGGGUUCUAAAAAAAAAAAAAAAAAAACUUGUUUAUUAUUUUGUUUGCUAACUUUAGUACAUAGGGGGUAAUUCAGAGUUUAUCGCAGCAGCAAAUUUGUUAGCAGUUGGGCAAAACCAUGUGCACUGCAGGUGUGGCAGAUAUCACAUGUGCAGAGAGUGUUCGCUGUAUGUUAUUUUGUUUCUGUGCAGGGUAAAUAAUACUAGCUGCUUUAUUUUUACACUGCAAAUUAGAUUUCGGUUUGAACACACCCCACCCAAAUCUAACUCUCCCUGCACAUGUUAUAUCUGCCCCCCCCCCCCCCCCCUGCAGUGCACAUGGUUUUGCCCAACUGCUAACCAAUUUGCUGCUGCGAUCAACUCUGAAUUAGGCCCAUAGAGCAGAGGUUCUCAACUCACCCCAACUGUCUACCAGGUUUUAGUUAUAUCCAUAUCGCAGCACAGAUGGUUAAAUCGUAUUGACUGAGGUGUUAAUUGGUCUAUUCAUGAAACAGUGAAAAUAGUGAAGACGUGAGCUAGUGGAGAAGUUGCCCAUGGCAACAAAUCGGCUUUUAAGUAACCUUUAUCAAGUGCUUUCUAUGAAAUUAUACGUAGCAGCUGGCUCACUUCUCCACACUUUUCACUGCUUCGUGAAUAGACCCCUUGGCACCCCUGUCCAAGCAUGGAUAAACUUAAACCUAGACAAGUGGGGUGUCUUGAGGACAUCGUUUGAACCUCUGCAAUAGAGCAAAUAAAGACUACUUCCACGGAGUGCAAUCCUGCAACAGCUUGACUGUCCCUGUUUGUAAUUGUGUUGGUUCACAUGAGUGGGUUAGUGAAAGUCUUUUCUCACGUGUUCCUCUUUAAGAAGUGUUGUAGGUACUGAUCACAUACCACACGCAUACAUGCAUGUAACCUUCUCACAGGUAGUAGUUUAAAUAACAUUACAAACCGAAUGUGUGUAUAAUAUAUACACAAUAAUAUUUCACACUAGGUUUGUCAUGUUGUUUUUACAGCUACCCGUGUGAUACAUACAUACAUACAUACAUACACAAACUGAUUGCUGCCACAGAACAGCACACGCGUCUCUGCAUAGAUAUCAGUGAUCACCAAAUCUGCAGCGUUUUUCAGAGUACAGCAGUCCACGUGUGAGGAAAAUCUUUAGAAUGCUCAUGUGAAUAAAUCAUUGUACCACUGGCAUGGUAAAUAUCCCCUUUUCCAUAAUCCUUUAUUUAACAUUGCAUUGACACCUUUUUGUUUUAAAUUAAACUAUGCUAAAAAAAAUAUUUUCUAUGGCUAUUGUAUUUGCUUCUGGAAGAGGAGCAUCCUAUUUAACUUUAGCAAUGUUAACUGCACUUUAUUUUAUAUUUUUACAAUAAAAAAAACCAAAUUGUUAA